AACUACAACUCCCAAGAGCCUGCUUGUUUGCUGACGGAGGAGGAAGAGGCGUGGAUUGUUGUUUUUCCCGCCCGGACAUGUUUGCGACUGAUCCGGGCCUCAUGAAAAGAAUACUUUACUAGUAUUGAAGUCCAUGAAUUGGUGCUAAUUUAAGGGAAACCGGGAAAUGCAGGAAGGAGAAGAGGCUUCCGUGCGCUGCCCGGUGUGCUCGGCGGCGCUGCCAGCCGUGGCGAUUAACGCACAUCUGGACAGAUGUUUGCAGCAGAUGAGCGAAGGGGCGCCUCCACAGCAGCAGCAACCUUGCAAUAAGAAGAUGCGCCUCUCUGAUUUAGAAGAGGAGCCAAGCGGUUCCUCGCAGCUCUUCUCCCUUUUCCGCAAAGGGCGCCACUCCGGAGGAAAAGGGGAAGAAGAGAAGCCGGGUGGAGGAGUGGAAAGCAAAGCCAAGGUCUCGGCGCCGGAGCUGAAAGGAGAGAGCCUGGCCCAGAAGCUGGAAGGGAAGCCCUUGGCGGACAAGCUGCGGCCCAACUCCUUGGAGGAAUACAUGGGGCAGCACAAGGCCUUGGGGGAGGAGACCCUCCUGCGGUCCCUUUUGGAAGCCCACGAAGUCCCCUCCCUGAUCCUUUGGGGGCCCCCGGGCUGCGGCAAGACUACCUUGGCGCACAUCAUUGCAAACAGCAGUAAGAAGAAUGGUACACGGUUUGUGACAUUGUCAGCGACAAGUGCCAAAACCAAUGAUGUCAGAGAUGUCAUUGCUCAAGCCCAAAAUGAAAAGAGACUCUGCAAGAGGAAGACCAUCCUCUUCAUUGAUGAGAUACACCGUUUCAAUAAAUCUCAACAGGACACGUUCCUCCCACACGUCGAGUGUGGAACUGUGACACUGAUUGGAGCAACCACGGAAAACCCUUCCUUCCAAGUCAAUUCUGCUCUUCUGAGCCGAUGCCGUGUUAUUGUUCUUGAAAAGCUGUCAGUGGAGGCAAUGGAAGCUAUUCUGAUGCGAGCAGUCAAGUCCUUAGGGAUCCAGAUUCUAAGCCAAGAGGAGCCGCACACUGGCUCUGUGAAUGGCAGCAACAGCAAGAGCUCUGAGUCACGUGUGUGCAUUGAGAGAAAAGCUAUCAACACACUUGCAUAUCUCUGUGACGGCGAUGCAAGAACUGGAUUAAAUGGACUCCAGAUGGCUGUUCAAGCCAGAUUAACGAAACUCACCCAUCAGAGCACUACUGGUGACUCUUCCAUUCAAGGCAUGAUCAUCACAGAAGACCAUGUGAAAGAAGGUCUCCAGCGAUCCCAUAUUCUCUAUGAUCGAGCCGGUGAGGAGCAUUACAAUUGCAUCUCUGCACUCCAUAAAUCUAUGCGAGGCUCUGACGAAAAUGCUUCUCUUUACUGGCUUGCUCGAAUGCUUGAAGGUGGUGAGGAUCCACUGUAUGUGGCAAGGAGGCUGGUGAGGUUUGCUAGUGAAGAUAUAGGAUUGGCAGAUCCCUCAGCACUAACUCAAGCUGUUGCUGCUUAUCAAGGCUGCCACUUCAUUGGGAUGCCAGAGUGUGAGGUCUUACUCGCUCAGUGUGUUGUCUAUUUUGCCAGAGCACCAAAGUCUAUAGAGGUAUACAGUGCUUACAACAACGUCAAGGCAUGCUUGAGAAACUACCAAGGACCCCUUCCACCAGUUCCUUUGCACUUGAGAAAUGCACCUACCAGGCUCAUGAAGGAUCUUGGCUAUGCUAAAGGAUAUAAAUAUAACCCUGCAUAUAAAGAACCUGUGAAGCAGGAAUACCUGCCUAAAGAACUCAAAGGGACCAAUUUUUUUACACAAUAGACAUAUGACUGGGGUUUUUUUUCCUGCUCUGCUGCUCUUGAUUUGAUAUUACUUCUAGUAUUUUCUUUUGAUUUCAGUUCUGUUUCACAACCACUGUGUAAUCUGAGCUGACAGUACUGAAUUGCUUACUGGGCUCAUAGUGGCAUGUACUUCUGUGGACAUGUUAAUUAUCAGGCUUCACCUGGCUUAAGGUGAACUGUUUGCCUUAAAUAGGAAGAUACCCCAGAUCUUUGGAAGAGGAUAUUGCAAAAUGCAAUCUAGUUUACAGUUUGCCGGAUCAGUUGAAAUCAUUGAAUUUAAAUGAGUCUGAAUCAGCUAAUAUCAUUAAUUGCAGAAGGGAUAUGGUCUAGAUCAAAUCAGGCACUUUUAAUAACAAUAUGUGGGCACUUAGCGCUUUUGGUGCAAUCAGUGGACUUAAAAAUGCCUAAUUUUAAUCUGACCAUAUCCUUUGUUUGCAAUUUUCGUAUAUUUUACUUAAAACUGUGAAAAGGGACUUUGAAAGAAAGAUUGUUAUUUGCACCUUAAAAUAGAAAACAUUUUUGUUUAAUUAUUUCUGAUAUUUUGAAAUAGCUUAAUUAAAAUUGAUUUUAUAACUUA